CUCCUCUGCUCCGAGGGGGGAUCCAGCCUGCUGGGCGGCGUGGGGCUUCUGUUUAUAUGAUUAUUUCAAUUGCUAUGCAAUGACCUUUGCAUGAAACUGUGGAGUUAUCAUCCCAUUCCGGGACGGAUUGAUUGUGCUUUUCCACCCUUGGGGGAUCCUAUUGGUUUGGAGCAUCUCUCACCUCUGUCGCUUGCGUUUGCCCGAUUUCUCCCUGUCUGUAGCGAUUUAGUUGCGCUUCCUGUUGACCAUGGAUGUUCUCCCCAUGUGCAGCAUUUUCCAGGAGCUGCAGAUUGUGCAUGACACUGGCUAUUUCUCUGCUUUACCUUCCCUGGAGGAAUAUUGGCAACAGACAUGUCUUGAGUUGGAACGGUACUUACAAAGUGAACCGUGCUAUGUGUCUGCGGCUGAAUUUAAAUUUGAUAGAGAAGAGGAACUUUGGACCAAAUUUAUCUUAGCAUGUGAGAAAAAGGAGGAACCCGAGCAGAACAUCGGUUGUGUUUCUCCAGAGGACAUUAGUGACUGCCAGAAUUCAGAAACUAACAGCUUGAACUCCGAUGUCAGCAGUGAGUCUUCAGAUAGUUCUGAAGAACUUUCGCCUACUUCAAAAUUUACCUCAGAUCCUAUAAGCGAUGUACUAGCCACCAAUGGAACACUUAGUUCUUCUGUUACUUCAACUCCUCCGUCUUCUCCAGAGCAGGGCAAAGACCCAUCUUGUCACUUGUGGAAUGCAAUUACGGGGGAACUACAUUCACCUGGGAAGGUGCGCUGUGGUUCCAUUGGAAAGACUCUAGAUCAUGGAAGCCCGACAGGUGGGGAGACCUCACCUGACGGCAGGAAACGUGUCCAUAAGUGUCUUUUCAAUGGCUGCAAGAAAGUUUACACCAAGAGUUCUCACUUGAAAGCACACCAGCGCACUCACACAGGAGAGAAGCCUUACAGAUGCUCAUGGGAAGGGUGUGAGUGGCGUUUUGCAAGGAGUGACGAAUUAACCAGACACUUCCGUAAACACACCGGUGCCAAACCGUUUAAGUGCUCACACUGUGACAGGUGUUUUUCUAGGUCGGAUCACCUGGCCCUUCACAUGAAGAGGCACAUCUGAAUGAAUGGAAGGGGGGAGUCAUGAAUAAGCAACUUCAAGGUUGAACUGCCUUGUGCGAGGGAUGCGUGUUCCAGCCAAAGCAUGCCAAUUUGCACCCUAACCAGUUGCCUUCGAGACCUCACUUCUUCGAGGGGCUUUGUAGGGCUUAUCAGUCGUGUAAGAUGCGGCAUAGCUACCAUGCAGUGCGUCGUCUGGCAUCUACUGGACCCACGCACUAAGUGGUGCUUUAUCUUCUGAUUGGCUUGUCCUAAGCCUACGCCGUGAGCUUGUGCACUGAGAAUGUCAAUGACUGGGUGACUGAAUGUUGAUGAGGAGCCAAUGUCUGUAUGUGGAGGAUUUUACUUGUUUGUUUGUUUCAUUUCUUAUGGCUGAGUUUCAGUUGUGAGGGUUUAGAAAGAAAAACCUUGGUUUGAAUGUUUUUUUUUUUUGUAUGCUGUGGCAUACUCUAAUGGGACAACCAUCAAUCAUUACCUGAGGGGUCUUGAACCUACUGAGCGGAGGAAGAAAAAAAUAAAGGGGGAGUGACCCCAGAAGGAGAUGAUCCCUUUCCUGUGUGAGAGGAGCUUUCGUUGUCUGGUGCAGCUAUUAAACGUGCAAUGUGUCAAGUAGCUUGUUUUUUUUACAUGCUACAAAGAUUGUUUGUAAUCCAUUGUAUAAGCUGUGUAUUCACAAUUAUAACACAACUAUAACUUUUCAGUAUAAUAGAAAGAUAUUGCAUGGUUCAGGGGAACUGUACGCUUUUCCAUUCUCUAAUCGGCCUGCAGGUUUGAUUCCAGUUGAGAGCAGCUAAAAUACAAUUGGUCUGGUGUUACGUAACUACAUAUGGAACCUUUAGUAAAAAGAAAAAGACAAAAAAAAAAAAAAA